GUUUCAUGUUUCUAUGAUACUGAAGAUGUUUAAUCUGUGUUCAUGUUUCUUUAGUGCAUCUUGAGAAGAUACAAACACUGUUUGACUGCUUUAAAUCGUUGCGUCUUGUUAUGUGCCGUCCCACAAUAUAAGAAAAGCAAUAAGUUCUUUGUUGUGUCUCAUUUAGGAUGUUAUGAACUAACUUAAACGCAUUCAGUGUAAACCAGUGUACAGCCAUCGUUCUGGAACUAUGCUGUAAAUAAACUGUCAUUUUCAAACGCUGGUUAAUAGAAUAAUAGCGAUGCACAGCUAUGAUUGUAUUCAAUGUAAUGUAAUCAACUACAUGCAUGCAUGGAUACUUGAUAGCACCGCUUACGUUGGCCCGAGACAUUCAAAAUCCGAGUUACAUUGAACGCACCACCAAGGGUAAAUACCCCAUUGCACCAGCAUAUUCUGUGAACUAGUCCCCUUGAACGCACCAGGAGACGUCACGUGCUCAUGGACCUUCCACACCUUUACUGAUCUGUGGAAAUACUGCAUUCUCUCUUUGUUCUGGAUCCGUUGGUGGAAGCCGACAGUCAUUGAACUUCUCUGAGGCUGGACGAUGGACUCUGAAGCCACGAUGGAGGUCGCCGCACUCGGCCGACCUUUCAGUCUCGGGAUGUUGUACGACUGCCGCAAAGACUUACUCGUCCCCGGAAUGACAUUGUGGGACCGCGAAGCCCUGAAAACUCAUAUUGGUGAAAGACCAAAGAACUAUAAUGGAUUUGAGAUAGUCGCAUCCGAAUCUAUUGCAGAUAAAUCUGCAGCACUAAAUGUAAACGCAUCGCUAAAGGCCAGUUUCUUCAGUGGACUGGUGGAGGUUGGAGGAUCCGCCAAAUACCUGAACGACACCAAGACCUCCAGAAACCAGGCCAGAGUAACUCUGAACUACAAAGCUACCACAAAGGUCCAGGAACUGUCCAUGAACCAUCUAGCAAGUGACAAUGUAAAGUAUCCGUACGUCUUUGACAAAGGAUUAGCAACCCAUGUAGUCACAGCUAUUCUUUACGGGGCACAAGCCUUCUUCAUCUUUGACCGUGACGUGUCUGAAGAUGAGAAUCAUCAAGACAUUCAGGGUGACCUAAAGGUCAUGAUCGAUAAGUUCCCCAGCAUUAAGAUAGAAGGUGAAGGUUCCCUGAAGAUGGAGGAAAAGGACAAAAAGAAAGUUGACAAAUUCUCCUGCAAAUUCCACGGAGACUUUUCCCUUGAAGAGAACCCUGUGUCCUUCAGUGAGGCAGUAAAAGUCUACCAGAGUCUGCCAAGACUGCUGGGAGCCAACGGAGAGAACGCCGUACCAAUGACGGUCUGGCUGCUGCCGCUGGCAGGUUUAGAUUCUAAUGCUGCUAGACUUGUUCGUCAGAUUAGUAUACGAUUAGUUCAGGAAUCCCAAAGCGUCCUCGAGGACUUCAGUGAGCUGGAAAUGAGGUGCAAUGAUGCGUUGAACAACACCACUGCACAGAAGUUCCCACAGAUUGGAAAAAAGAUCAAAACCUUUAAAGAGAUGUGCUCUGAGUCCAGACAGGAUCUCCAACAAACUUUGGCAAAGAAACUUCCAUCAAUCCGAGGAGGAGGAGAAGAGGAAGCUGUGCUCACUGACAUCCUGAAGAAAAGACAUUCUUCUCCUUUCAACAGCAAAAAGCUCAACGAGUGGAUUGAAUGUAAAGAGAGAGAAAUCCACACGUUGAAGUCUUUCACCAACAUCAUGAAAAACACAAAGAUCGUUACAUCUCAAAAUGAUCUGUACAAAGAAAUUUUCCGUUCAGAACAUGUGAUGUGCUUUGUCUUCACCUCACUAGGAAGUCCUGACUCGUACCUCUCAACGUUAUCAAGCUACUUAAGACAACCAGAAGAGAACCCUCAAGAUACACACACUCAAGAUAUAGAGAAGGAACAAUGGUUCCUCUCCAACAAAAUAGCAGAUACAUUGAGGCUCAAAGUGAAGCUCUUCAGUGAUUUUGCAGUGGCCAACAAGGAGAACAAGAACAUUAAGUUCUUGACCUUGGGAUUAGAAAAUGAGGCACAGAAAGGUUCAAGCAUCUACCUUUAUAAAGACGGCUUUUCUGUCAGUGAGAACUUUGAGCCUCCUUCAAGGCCUGAAACGUUAACAGUAAGCGACAUAAACCACAACAGUGUGACGCUGAAGGUGUCUCCACCCAGAUUUGGAGCAGAGAACAUCACCUCCUACUCUGUUGAGUACUGUGUCAGUGGAGAAGAUGGAUGGAAACAGAAGGCAGCAUCCAGAGAUGAAGAAGUCCCAGUGAGCGGUCUGAGUCCUAACACCGAGUAUGUGUUCAGAUGCAGAGCGGUGACCUCAGCAGGUGUUGGACCAGCCAAUGAAGUCAGUGGUUCCAUUAGGACCUUACCCUGCAGCCCUCCUGGGAAACCUCAGGUUGAACCCAAUUCAACAGAGGCAUCAGUCAGCUGGGAGAAACCUGCUGAGCUCGGACAAGAUGUCCUCAUUCUGACCUACAUGGUGGAGUACGCAGAGACCAAAGACGGGGUGAAAGAGGAAGAUCUCCGAUGGAACCAAAUGAUGUCAACGGCUGAAAAGGCCGUCAUUUCAGGGCUUCAGGCAGAGACGGAAUAUGUCGUCAGGGUCCGAUGUGAUUGCGGUGCAGCCGACAGAAGCAAAGAAAGCGUCACUGUUAAAGUCUGCACAACAAAAUUUAGACCUCUCCCAGAACACCUCAAAAGAACGAGCCUAAAGAUUCAUUCUGGAUCUCCGUCAGUUUACAAACUGACACUGAAGAAAGAAGAUGUGAACAUAGACGGAUGCACUAAAAUCACUUUUGGUCAAGAAAGCAUGAGGCAAAAUCGCACUAUUAUUCUCUUCGGAGCGACGGGCUCAGGAAAGUCUACUCUGAUCAAUGGGAUGAUCAACUACCUGGUUGGUGUGGAGUGGAAGGACUCCUUCAGAUUUCAGUUGGUUGAAGAUGAUCGGUCCAGAUCUCAAGCUGAAAGCCAGACCUCUGAAGUCACCGUCUACAAAAUCCACCACCAGGAGGGAUUUAAAAUCGAUCACUCUCUGACCAUCAUUGACACUCCAAGCUUCGCAGAAACAGAAGACGCAGAGAGAGGCGAGGAGAUGAUUCGUCAUCUAUGUGAACUCUUCGCUGCAGACCAUGGUGUGAGUGAUAUUGACGCCCUGUGCUUCAUAGCUCCGGUUGCUUCAGAACAACUCCCCAAAUCACAGCAGGGUGUGCUCGAUUCUCUGCUCUCAAUCUUUGGCGAGGAUAAGGCAGAGAACAUCUGGAACCUGGUGACGUCUACGGAUGUCCCCUGUCCUAAGACAAAAAGUGCGCUGCCAAUUCACUUCAAGUUCAACUACUCAGCGUUGUUUGCCGACAACAAAUCACCUGCAACCGAUGUGAAUGUGGACGAUGAAGACGAAGAGGGAGAAUUCUAUCAGAUGUGUUGGAACAUGGGGAGAAAAUGCAUGAAGAGGUUUUUUGUUGCUUUGAAUACCUUACAAACCAAAAGGUUUUCAUGGCCGUAGGUCCAGAAGGCCUGUUUGGAUUCUUCAGGUCUUCCGUUGGGAAUCGAUGCGCUUUGAUAAAAGAUAAAAGAGACAACUGCGAUAGUUCAAACGCACGAGUCAGAGAUGGUCAACGACUCGGUCACAAUAGACGAGUCUGGUUCUGGAUCUCAUACGAGGAGGUUGAGCCCUCAGAGACCGAGACACCUGCUCAGUCAUUACCUGCAGAACCUUGUGGUGAAUAUGAUGGUGUGAAGAAGGAUGCUGGAUGCAGCAUUAUUAUUAAAGUAUUAUUAAAUCUACAUCCAAACAUACGGCACCAAGAGAACGAGGAGCUCCAGUGGAACACGGAUCAUCAACAAAGAACCAAACCGGACGAUGUAAAAGAUCAAGAUCCGUAUUGACUUUAUCAACCUCAUAUUACUUUACUACAUUCGAAUAUUACCGCAACACUGAUUUAUGUUGUUAAUUUGGGUUUUUAAUCAUGAAUAUUCCCUUUUUGUCAAGUUGUUUUUUUGAAUCUUUGAAAAUGGUUUUAAUGUGAAUAACCGUAAGCUCUCAUUUAUUGGUGUUUAUUGAAUUCCGUCAUUGUUCUGUAACAAUAACGUUGCUCUCACUCAACAAUGGAAAAGUUAUGAAAUGAUCAUUUUUUAUGAGAACACAACAUUUGAGUAGUAAUAAAACCUGCUCAUAGAUUUUUGUAUUUUCGGGUUUGUGGUUUGUGGUUUUCCUCUGCGUGUGUGUUGACGUGUACACAGUCAACAGGACUUCAUUGGUUCGUUGACGUUUUGGAGCCGUAAUUUGCCUUCUUUCUUUUGCAAACAGGGACUCGAGAGGGUCGAGCCGAGAACAACGUCAGUGAGACACUUUCAGGCAAAAUGGUCGAAUGAAAUUGAGAAGAUGAAAACAAAGUGUGAAACAAUGAACUAAUCACGGAUCAACAUAACGAUGCUGUUGUUCAUUCAGGGAUUCGCAUGAGCUGAAAUGUUUUAAUUCAGGUAAAAGGUUCACUAUGAACUUGACGGGGUGUUUAUCGGCGUAGAGGUUCCAUCGGAGCCUCCUGGCUGUGGAGAGAACCAACAAACACUCAUUCGUGCCGUGAAAACAGGAGCAAACUGUCUUCAUUGUUGACAAUUGACACACGACAUCAUUAAAACACCACCGUUGUAUAAAA